AUGAGUAAAACAACGUCUGGAAACGAUGUGGUAAUCAGUGGUAUCGCCGGUCGGUUCCCGCUGUCCAACAACACCGACGAAUUGGCCCGCAAUCUGUACGAUGGCGUCGAUAUGAUCACCGGUGAUGACAGCCGAUGGCCAGAGGGCACGUUUGAUUUGAACCCACGGUUUGGCAAAAUCCAUGAUUUCAAUCAAUUUGACGCCACUUUCUUCGGACUCCCGACACAGUUGUCGGAAGCGGUUGACCCGCAGGCGCGGAUGCUUCUCGAGAUCACCUACGAGGCNAUAUGA